CGAGGCGGGGGCGGCUCCGUCCCGCAGACCGCUCCGCCACCGAGGCACUGCCGCCACUGGAGUCACGGCCGACCCGAGGAGGAGGAGGAGGAGAAGAAGAAGAAGAAGAAGGAGGAGAAGAUGCCGGGGGGACGCUGAAAGAAAACGAACUUUUUGGAUGCCCCAUGGGGAGAUGCGUCUUUGACAUGGAGCAUAUGUUUGGUCAUCUUCAAUCUGAGGCAACAGUAUGUGUGCUACAUAUAACAGAAGAAUUAAUUGUGGAAAGAGACCAGCUGAAUGGCUACAUCACAAUAAGAAAUGGGUCUAAAAAUGUUAGUGUUUCAUACCACUAAUGUAAGGUUGGGAAAGCCUAGUAACCCAACAGUCAAAAGAACUACUUUUUUGUAAAAGAACAAGCAGUCAAUAUAUAUUUUACUAUGUGUUCCCUGCUUAUUUAGCACUGAGUCUUUUAUUACACUGAAAUCAUGGUGUGAGGAUUGGUGGACAGUGUCCCCCGCCUACCAUCCCCAGCAUACAUCUGGCAACUAAAGACCGUGUCAAGAUGACCUCUGAGGAGAUGAGAGCGUCUGUUCUCCUCUCUGUGGUACGGGGUAAAGUGAUACCUGCUCAGUCAGCUGGAGAUGAAAAUACUGAAAAUGCUUUGGACACCAGUGUUAUAAAAAGACAUACUGCCAGUUCAGGAAGGCAAACCACACAUACUCUGUCAUACUUACACAGACUGGAAGAAGAAAGUCUUCAGGGCUCAGUGCCCAAAAUAUUCUCUCUGGCAAAAGAACAACUGACUAAUGACAAGAGUAAUGAAAACUUCUGGGACAGGAGCAGCUCCAUCCCCGAUCCAGUGGAAUUUCUUAACAUCAACUGUAACAUUGUACAGAAAAACUACAAGAGCAAUAUCCCCUGCAGCCAGUUGUAUCAAUCUUGUGAUCCUUUAGCAGGGGGAGAGGCAUGCCUGGAAACUGGAAUUCCUGUUUCACUGGAAAGAGCCAUGCUUGCUGAAAUUCAGUUGAAAAUGAAUGGACCUUCAUUAAGAAGCCAGACAGCAGUAAAUAAGAAUGACAGCGGUGAUCCUGACAAAGUGGCCUUUUUUCACUUACAUUGUGCUGGUGAAAGGAAUAUAUCAAAGGCUUUGUGCAGUUUACACAACAGCUUCAUUUUGGAUGACUGCUUGCAGCCCGUGAGCGUUGGUGAUGGUAACACCUCCGGUUCCUCAGGCUGCACUUGCAGCAUAAUGGAGUUGACAAAUAAUUCUGAGAAUGCAAAUGGGCAGCAGUUGUAUGAAGAUGCUUUAAGGGAUAAGUAUUUAUGUCUGGAAAGAGCACCACGAAAGGUUAAAGUGGCGUGCUCAGGUCACAACUUCUAUGGAAAUAACUUUACUGGAAGAAUGCCCUCAAAGCCCUUUCUGAGCCAUUUUGAAGACUGCAAUGAUAACUGUGAAGAUGAGUUGGAAGAGGAUUUUUUUCGAAACAAAAAGGAACGUUCUACUCUAUUAAUAAGACGUUUCUGUAAAAAUGAUAAGGAGGUUAAAAAAUCAGUUUAUACUGGAACGAGAGCAAUUGUUAGGACUUCACCUUCAGGGCACAUAGGAACUGUUGCUUGGAAUUAUGUUGAGCAAAGGAGAAACAAUGGUGGCUUGAAGCUUUCUAGGAUUACAACAGAACAGCUAACUAUAAUUCAGUCCUUAAUAAAAUGGAAGUUUAAUUCCUGCCUUGAAAAGUCUUUAUGGUAUAAGAUCUUCAGUACAGUGAGAGAAGAAGAGGAGGGAGCAGAAGAUAUUUUUGAAUAUAUUCCUCAUCUUCGGAGAAAGCUCCCAACAUUUAUUACAGUCUGUAUUUGCAAAGAUGAUGGGUUUUGUGUAAAACCAUGUGUAGCAGAUGCUUACUGUCAAUAUCGUGCCACUUUACAGAGGACUGCACUCUCUAACUAUAUAACUGGUGCUUUACUAGAAGCAACUACAUCAUUAGGAGCAAGAAGUGGUCUUUUAAAUAUCUUUGGAGGAUCAACUGGAAGAACAAUGCUUAAAGAACGUCAAGCAUGUACAUCUAUGGCUGGCUCCAGCAUCCUUCUCUCCAACGUGGCUGGGAUCAGCAAAGAGCUGAUCGAACUCCAGCACCUCAUCCAGUUCCCAGAGGAGGUUGCCAGCAUUCUGACCGAGCAGGAGCAGGAGCUCUACCGGAAAGUCUUACCCAUUGACUACCUCUGCUUUUUAACCAGGGACUUGGGUAAUGCUGAGUGUCAAAGCAAGCUGCCAUCUAUUAAGGCUUCCAUAUCUGCUACUAUUCUUUCUUCUCCCAAUGGUGAACAUAAUGCUGUAGAAGAUCUUGUGACAAGGUUUAAUGAGGUGAGCUCGUGGGUUACCUGGCUGAUCCUGACUGCAGGUUCUAUGGAGGAGAAACGAGAAGUCUUCUCAUAUUUAGUACAUGUGGCAAAAUGCUGCUGGAAUAUGGGCAACUACAAUGCUGUAAUGGAAUUUCUGGCAGGGCUAAGGUCAAGAAAAGUUUUAAAAAUGUGGCAAUUUAUGGACCAGUCUGAUAUUGAAACCAUGCGAAGUCUGAAAGACGCUAUGGCACAACAUGAGUCAUCGUCUGAAUACAGGAAAGUGGUCAACCGAGCACUCAAUAUUCCAGGCUGUAAAGUUGUUCCUUUCUGUGGUGUGUUUUUAAAGGAGCUUUGUGAAGUUUUGGACGGAGCAUCAAGCCUCAUCAGACUCUGUCCACGAUAUAACUCCCAAGAAGAAACAUUAGAGUUUGUUUCAGAUUACAGUGGACAAGAUAAUUUCUUGCAACGAGUAGGUCAAGAUGGUUUGAAUAAUCCAGAAAAAGAAUCAACAACAAACAGUAUCUUUCAAACUAUCCGGAGCUGCAAUCGCAGUUUGGAAUCUGAGGAGGGUGAAGAUAAUGUUAGUGAAGGGAGCGAUUCAAGAAAAAACUCCUUGAAGGACAAAAACCGGUACCAUGCAGCACAUAGAAAGAAAGCCUCUGGUUCAAACCGAGUUCUAUUUAUAAUUGGAGACCUUUCAGAUUCUGAAAGUGACAUAUUUGAGCAGUUGAAGGAAUGGGACACAAAUUCAACAGAAGAGCAACAAAAGGCUUUCUGCCAUGGGAUAGAACUCAUUCCCUGGUACGUGUUAUCUAUCAGGGCUGAUGUCCAUCAGUUCAUGCAACAAGGGGCGACCGUCAUUCAUUAUGACCAGGAGACACAUCUCUCAGCACGGUGCUUUCUUCAACUUCAGCCUGACAAUAGUACUUUGACUUGGACAAAACCCACAACAGUUUGCCCUGCAAAUGCUAAGGCAAAACUGAGCGUGCUGGGUAAUACUGCUGAGCUUGGUAAAUACCAGUUUCUUGGUAAUACUGGACUGGUGGAAGGUUUUUUGGACUUGUUUUCAGCCAAGGCUGUAUAUAUGGGACACUCGGGCAUUGAUAUGCACACUGUGUGUGUUCAAAAUAAACUCUGUAAUAUGUCCCUUGAAGAAAAUGGUAUAACACUACUUUAUGGACUUCAGACUACUGACAAUAAGUUGCUGCACUUUGUUGCUCCAAAAUAUACUGCCAGAAUGCUGUAUGAUGGAUUGCUGGAAUUGACUAAAGCUGUAAGAAAAAUGAGGAAAUUCCCUGAUCAAAGACUACAGUGGCUACGGAAACAGUAUGUCAGCCUUUACCAGGAGGAUGGAAGGUUUGAAGGCCCAACUUUGGCUCAGGCUGUUGAACUGUUCGGAGGCAGACGAUGGAGUGCAAGAAACACAAGCACAGGAUCUCUCACCAAAAGCACUGAGAAACCUAAUGUACAGAGAAACAACACCCUGGGAAUAAGCACAGCUAAGAAAAAGAAGAAAGUACUCAUAAGGGGUGAAAGUGGAGAGGCGACUGAUGAUGAAAUGGCAACACGGAAGGCAAAAAGCUGUAAGGAAUAUCGUAAUAGAAGUGGCUCAGAUCCUCAAGAUAUUGAUGAACAAGAAGAACCAGAUCAAAAUAUUAUUAUUAAUGCUUCUCCAUCAAACAACCUGCCAUCAAGAAGAGCUCACUCUCUGACAGCAUCCGGGUCUCCAAACUUAGGAGCUACAUCACCUUCACCAGCAAGACCAGUCUCCUCUCCUGUAAUAUCUUCAAGCAAGAGUCAGUCUAGCACAUGGAGCAGCAGUAGCUGGCAUGGCCGCGUUAAAGGAGGAAUGAAGGGGUUUCAGAACUUCAUGGUGUCUGAUAGUAACAUGACUUUUGUGGAAUUUGUAGAGCUCUUCAAAUCUUUCAGCGUCCGUAGCCGCAAGGAUCUGAAAGACCUUUUCGAUAUCUAUGCUGUGCCUUGCAACCGAUCCGGCUUAGACCCUGCUCCACUUUAUACUAAUUUGAAAAUUGAUGAAAAUAGCAGUGGAUUCCAGCCUGAUUUAGAUUUGUUGACUAGAAAUGUUUCAGACCUUGGUUUGUUCAUUAAGAGCAGGCAGCAACUAUCAGACAACCAGAGGCAAAUAUCUGAUGCUAUUGCUGCUGCCAGCAUUGUUACCAAUGGUACUGGAGUUGAAAGCACAUCGUUGGGAAUAUUUGGAGUGGGAAUCCAGCAGCUAAAUGACUUUCUAGUGAAUUGCCAAGGAGAACACUGUACCUAUGAUGAAAUUCUCAGUAUUAUACAGAAAUUUGAACCCAGUGUGAAUAUGUGCCAGCAAGGGCUGCUAUCUUUUGAAGGAUUUGCAAGAUUUUUGAUGGAUAAAGACAACUUUGCCUCCAAAAAUGAUGAAUCACAGGAGAAUGCUGAGGACUUGAACUUUCCUCUCUCCUAUUACUACAUAGAAUCUUCACACAACACUUACCUUACUGGCCAUCAGCUUAAAGGGGAGUCCUCAGUAGAGCUCUACAGCCAGGUUCUUUUACAAGGCUGCAGAAGUGUAGAAUUAGACUGCUGGGAUGGUGAUGACGGGAUGCCUGUCAUUUAUCAUGGUCACACUCUUACUACUAAGAUCUCUUUUAAGGAGGUAGUUGAAGCUAUUGAUCGCAAUGCAUUCAUCACUUCUGACAUGCCAGUUAUCAUAUCCAUAGAAAACCACUGCUCAUUGCCUCAGCAACGCAAGAUGGCUGAAAUCUUCAAGAAUGUAUUUGGAGAUAAGUUGGUGACAAAGUUUUUAUUUGAGAGUGACUUUUCUGAUGAUCCCAUGCUUCCUUCCCCUGGCCAACUGAAAAGAAAAAUCCUGCUUAAAAACAAGAAACUGAAAGCCCAUCAAACACCAGUGGAUAUAUUGAAACAAAAGGCUCACCAGCUGGCACAUAUGCAAGCACAGGCUAGCAAUGGUGCUAGCAACCCCACACCUACCAAUGAAGAGGAAGAAGAUGAAGAGGAUGAAUAUGACUAUGACUAUGAAUCUCUCUCUGAUGCUGAUGUCCUUAAUGCUUCUCCUGCUCCUAACAGCCAGGAAGAUAACAUUCUUGAAGACCGACCUGAGAAUAAAUUAUCAGGUGAUAAACUGCAGUUUGAAUACAAUGAAGAGACUGCCAAACGACUAAAGAAGGCUGAUUGUGCCACUUACAAUAAUAAAGGAAAGGUUUACGACAUGGAGCUGGGAGAAGAAUUCUAUCUUCUGCAAAAUAAGAAGGAAAGCAGACAAAUAGCCCCAGAGCUAUCAGAUCUUGUCAUUUACUGUCAAGCUGUGAAGUUCCCUGGCUUGUCAACUCUAAACCCAUCUGGCUCUAGCAGAGGAAAAGAAAGAAAAAGCAGGAAGUCCAUUUUUGGCAACAAUCCUGGCAGGCUGAGCCCUGGGGAGUCAGCUGCUCUUGCCAAAGCAUCUGGAAAAGGUCCUCUGGAUGUGAUGCGGCAAACCUGGGAAGAUCCUUGCCCUCCUUACAACUCCCCAGCCUCUCUCAGUGCCAUCAUCAGGACGCCCAAGUGCUACCACAUCUCCUCCCUGAACGAGAACGCUGCCAAGCGGCUGUGCAGGCGCUACUCCCAGAAGCUGAUCCAGCACACCACCUGCCAGCUCCUGAGGACCUACCCUGCUGCCACUCGCAUCGACUCCUCAAAUCCCCAUCCACUGAUCUUCUGGCUCCAUGGGGUACAGCUCGUGGCUCUGAACUACCAAACAGAUGAUCUUCCUCUGCAACUUAAUGCAGCAAUGUUUGAGGCUAAUGGUGGCUGCGGAUAUGUUUUGAAACCUCCAGUUCUGUGGGAUAAAAAUUGUUCAAUGUACCAGAAGUUUUGUCCAUUGGAAAGAGAUUUUGAUAAUAAGGAGCCAGCUAUAUAUUCUUUAACAAUCGUGUCUGGACAGAACGUGUGCCCCAGCAAUAGCACGGGCAGUCCAUGCAUUGAAAUCGAUGUGCUGGGGAUGCCUCUGGACAGCUGCCACUUCCGGACAAAGCCCAUUCAUCGCAAUACUCUCAACCCCAUGUGGAAUGAACAGUUCCUUUUCCGGAUUCACUUUGAGGAUUUGGUCUUUCUCCGGUUCGCAGUUGUUGAAAAUAACAGCUCAGCUGUGACAGCUCAGAGAAUCAUUCCCCUCAAAGCGCUAAAGAGAGGCUACAGACAUGUCCAGCUCCAUAACCUACACAAUGAAACAUUAGAGAUUUCCAGUUUGUUUAUAAACAGUCGGAGAAUGGAAGAAAGUCCCUCUGGAAACACUCUGCCUGCAUCUAUGUUGUUUAGCCUGGGAGAAAGGAAAGCUGCUGUGACUUACAAAGUGACAGUUCAUGGAAUUCCAGGCCCGGAGCCUUUCACUGUUUUUAAUGUAAGUGCGGGGACUACGGCUGCACAGCUGCUCCAUCAGCUCUUGGCUACCAUAAAAGGCACCGAGUCAUGUGCUGCAGACUAUUUUCUGAUGGAAGAGAAAAGUUUCAUAUCUAAAGAAAAGAGUGAAUGCAGAAAACCACCAUUCCAGAGAGUGAUUGGUCCUGAAGAAGGGCUAGUGCAGCUUUUGAACAGUUGGUUCCCAGAAGAAGGAUAUGUUGGAAGGAUUAUCUUUAAAACCCGAGAGGAAAAUUUAAACGAGAGAAAUGUCUUCCAAGAAGCAAAGGAAGAAGCAGCCAUCAGCUCCGAGGAUGACAGUUUCUUUGUUCAGGUACACGAUGUCUCCCCAGAGCAACCACGCACCGUCAUCAAGGCUCCCCGCUUCAGCACGGCUCAGGAUGUCAUACAGCAGACUCUUUGCAAAGCAAAAUACUCCUACAGCAUUUUGAGCAAUCCAAAUCCAAGUGAUUAUGUGCUCCUGGAAGAGGUGACAAAAGAGCCAACAAACAAAAAGUCUUCAACAUCUAAACCAUCUCAGAGGAUUCUCUCUGAUCAAGAGUGUGUGUUUCAGGCCCAAAGCAAAUGGAAGGGAGCAGGAAAAUUUAUCCUGAAGCUCAAAGAACAGGUUCAGGCAGCACGAGAUGACAAAAGAAAAGGCAUCUCUUUUACCAGUGAACUGAAGAAGUUAACCAAGUCCAGUAAGCAGUAUCGGGGGUUCAUGUCACCCCCACUGCAGGUGUUGUCGGACAGUCCCCAGAGCAAGGACGAAAGGGCCGCGUGCGGCUUGACCUUCAGUGACAUUGUAGAGUAGUCACCCCACUGCCCAUGGUCUGUUCAGUGCCUUUGAAGGAUCCUGCUGUGGACUGAACUGGUCAACAAUUGUGUGCCCUGUGCUACAGAUGCCUGAUCCAGGCAAUUCUGCUGGAUUAACAUCCAGAAUCUGGGAAUCCUAAAUGGGAUACUGUAGAUUGGAAAGAUGCCUGUCAGCUAUCGGAAGAUUCUGCUCUUCCCGUAUCUUCACAUCUGCAGAUCCUCCAUAGGCGGAUGGAGAAGUUUUCUUGGACUGUAUGUUGUAAACAAACAUGUGUCAUCACCCUCUCCUUUUUAAACAAAAGAUAAUUUUAGCUUGUUGCCUCUAAGGAAACUGAAGGCAGAGAACCAGAGCGUUCUCUUAUGUGUAUUAUUUUAAAAUAACGCACUUUUACCUGAAGAUUUCUGUUAAACACUGUGUUAACUGAUUGUAAAGAGAUUUAAAUAUACUGAAACUUCCUUUGCAUAUCUGUUUAACUUUGGUGAAUAUACACAAAACACUCAAAAUUAUUUAUGGUUUAUCUACUUUAACAAAAUAAUGUACAAUAGCUAAAUACACCUAACUGGUAGUGAGACUUUUUCUUAUAAAUUCUUGUUUUCUUGGCUUGUGUUUAAAGAAAGAAUAUUUAUUAUCAUGUUCCAAAGUACAUGCCAUUGUAUAAUAUAUUUAUCAUAUACUACUUCUUAGAAAAUGCAGAUUUUUACCUCUCUCUGGAUUUAGAGGAAAAUAUGUUUGAACUUUUAUGGUUGUUUCUUUUCAGCACAAGAUGUUUAAUACUCCAAACUGACCAAAUUCAAAACAAUGCAUUGAUAAAUGUAAUUAACAUUUCAAAAUUUUGAAUUGAAAUACAUUUUUUCCAUACAGUCA